AUGAACGACAUUUACAUAGAGCUUAAAGAUAUAGCCAUAAAAAAUAAUAUCAGAUUUUCAACAACUUCGUCAACAAGAAAUUCUGUUUAGGAGUUCAACCCGGAGUUUAGAGCUAUUAUAAAUAAAGUAUAGACAACAGUUCAAUUGAUUAAGAUGAAUAAUGAGCAAAUAGAAGAACUUAAAUAAGAUUUAGUCGGCACAGCCUCAACUGAACGUGAGAGAGAAAUUAAUGCUAAAAUGCAAAACUUAGCCUCUCAAAACAUGAGACAUACAAAUAAAAUAAAAGAGUUAAUGUAAAAGAUAAAUGAUGAUUUAGAAAAGAGUUAGAAAGAGAAUCCAGAUGAGCCAGAAACUUAAGCAAAGGUAUUUUAAAUAAGAGCAAUUCAAAAUGAAAUCAAAGAAGUGUUGAAUGAAACUUAAAAUGUACAUUAAGAUUAUAAAGCAGCAGCAAAUGCUAAAAUUAAAAGAUAAAUGUAUAUCCUUAACCCUAAUCUCACAGAGGAAGAAUAAAAGAAAAUUCUUUAAGAUCCUAAAGGAAUGGAAAAUUUUGUAAUGAAAGAGCUUUUAGGUUAACCUAGCUUGCAACUCCAAUAUGCUUUAGAAGAUGCAAAAGAAAAGAGUCUAGGAAUAAGAAAACUAGAAUAAAGCUGCUAGUAGAUCUUUUAGCAAUUAAAUGAGAUUUCAGCACUAGUAAAAACUUAAGGAGAAAUGAUAGAUGACAUAGAAAUUCAUUUAUAAAAAGCAUAAGAUUACAUAAAAAAGACAAAUAAAGUACUUGAGAAAACCAAAGCAACUUCAUAAACUAAUAGAAAGAAAUUGUGUUGUAUUGUCUUUCUUGGGUUGGGAAUAUUAGCACUUAUUCUAACUCCUUUCAUAGUCUAAGCUGUUAAAAAUAAUUGA